AUGUCAGGCUCAAACAAGAAUGGGACCAACAAGAAUGGAGGCCUAGAGAAGGGAUCCAGUGUUCCUCCCAAGAAGGAAGCGACGGGGUCCUUGAAGGAUAUGGAGAGAAAGCGUCGUCAGGUGUUUAAACCCGUGCUUGAUAACCCUUUCACUCAAUCCAGCUUAUGGCCCUUCGUGGAGCCCGAGAUAGCUGGCACGAUUGUGGACUCAUUGAGUGCUAUCCUCUCAGGGUUGGGAUCAUACAACAGAACAGUGCAGGAAGCAGCCAGGCUAGACAAAGGGAGCAAACAGACCCCUCCCGAACCGGAAAUCAAACAGCACAUCACCAUCGGUUUCAAUUCCACCGUCGAAGCAUUGGAGAAGCAGGCUUCCAUUCAUAGACAUCGACUUACUACCAAAAAGCACAAGCCUGGCAAACAGGGACGGUACUUGAAGUAUGUGUUUGUGACCAAGUAUGACAUCACACCAGCCGUUUUGACCAACCAUUUUCCAGUUUUGGCGUUCACGGCAUCUUCGAGCACGGAAAAUAAGGUGAAACUCGUGCAGUUGCCCAGAGGAAGCAUGGCAAAGUUGUCGGAGGUUCUUCACAUGGAAAACACUGGCAUUUUGGGUUUUGAAGCACACAUAAAAGAGGCCCAAUUUUUGUUCAAAUACGUGGAUGAGCAUAUCAAGGACGUAGAAGUACCCUGGUUGGACGGUCUCUUCGACCCAGAUAAUGGCGACUUCUUCUCGAAGCCGGCGUUGAGUUUCCUCAGCACUUCCGCCCCAAUAUUGCCCAAAAAGAACGACCAGAAGGCGAAGAAAAAACAGGCCACAACCCUGGAGCCUCCCAAGCCAACGGAGGAUAAUAAGAAGCAGAAGCCCGACUCCUGA